AUGGCCACCCCAACCCCACCCCCCCCUAAAAACUUCGCCGGGCCCCUCGAAAUCCUCACGCACGCGCUCCACACCACCUCACACACCCCCGUCUUCACAUGCACCAUAGCAGCAGCCUCACCAACCGUGCUCUCGUCCCAGAACUGUAGCGUCAAUAGAGACAUCGCACUUGCGGAAGCGUAUGCGCAGCUGGCGCAUUACGACGUGCUGGUUAUUCCGGGCGGGGGGGUGACGGAUCCGGGGGGCGUGUUGGAGGUACAGGGGGAGCCGUUGGGGCUGGUGAAGAAGUUUGCGGAGUUAGGGAACGAGCAGAGGAAGGGGGGAGGUGGAGGGAGGGAGAGGACGCUGUUCAGUGUGUGUACGGGGAGUUUGGUGCUAGGGGAGGCGGGGGUGUUGGAUGGGAAGAGCGCGACGACGCAUUGUGAGUAUUAUGAUGAGCUGGAAGAGGUGUGUGCUAGGUGGGGGAGAACGGAGGUGUUGAAGGAGAGGUUUGUGGUUAAUAGUAGAAGUGGUGGUGAUGGGGGUGGGAAUGGAUUGAGGAUUAUAACGGCGGGAGGGGUGAGUUGUGGCAUGGAUGCUAGCUUGUGGUUGAUUCGGGAGGUUGCGGGGUUGGAGAGCGCCCAGAGGGUCGCGGAGAUCGUGCAGUAUGCUUGGAGGCAGGGCGUGGUGGUUUGA